UCAGUUGAAGUCAGUCGUGCUUCGUAGUCAGUCGCAUUUACGCUUGUGUCGUAGACGUCGUGUAAGAAAAUACAUAAAUUUUGAAAAAGUGCUUUAAUAAUUCAAAAUGCCUUGCGCAGUGAUAUUCGGAAAGCAUUUUAUCUCGGACCUGGAUUGCACGGAUGUGCUAUCGUUGAAACGUGCGAUUUCACAAGAACAUGGUGUUCCAGUGGAAGACUUGUUGGCAACGCUCAAUGGGAGGCUCGUGUCUGAUGAUUACGACAUCAGGACAUCCAACAAUGUGGUCCGGUUGUCUACUAAACUUGUUGGAGGGAAAGGUGGGUUCGGAUCUAUGUUACGUGCUAUUGGUUCACAAAUAGAGAAGACCACGAACCGUGAAUCUUGUAGAGACCUCUCCGGGCGUCGCUUGCGCGACAUUAACGAAGAGAAAAGGCUAAGAAAGUGGCUGGAAGGCCAGGAAGAGAGGGAAAAAGAAGCCGCUGAACGAAAACAGAAAAAGUUCGAAAGACUUGUGGCAGAACCAAAAAUUGAAGUGAACUUAAACCCUACUUACGAGAAGGAGCGUCAAGACCUCCCAGAGCGUGUGAGCUCUGCAGUGGAGGCUGGGUGGCAGACAGCAGGCUCCUCAAAUACUUUGAAAAGGAAGUCUAACAGUGACAAGGCCAAACCAAAGAAAGCCAAGCUUUGGAUUGAUGCAGACUUGUCGGACUGCUCAUCUCUGAGUGAGGAUGAGGAGGAGGAUGAGAAAACUUCAAGUCCUGGUCAGCAAGUGUCCACAGACAGUGGCAAUGAAUCUGACAAGGCAUCCACAAGUAGUGAAUAACAGAAAAUGUGUGUUGAUGACUGUGUCUGCGUGAUUUGUGACAAUGUCAAGUCUAAUUUGACAUGAAAACGUGUUUAAUGUACAGUAAAAAUAAUUUUGUAAUUACAUUGAAAAUGUCGUCUUAGUUUAUUGUGUUUUAGGUGUAAACAUAAUUGAAUAUUUGUAUUUUAUCUCGGGAAUUGCAUAAACUGUUAAAAACCUGUGUAAAAUAUUUG